AUGAACUUUGAUGCUCUUCGCGCCCGGACCCUGCAGUCGGGUGCCGAUGAGGAGGCUGUUACAGUCAAUACAAGAGCAUUGAUCGAUAAGGUGUUGGCUAGAUAUUCGGGGGAAUGGACUGUCCUACGAGAACUCCUGCAAAAUGCGGCAGAUGCCUCUGCAACAAAAAUCACCAUCAAAUUCGAGACGAUACCCUCUUCCACCGUGCCCCUCCCUUCAGAUGCCUCGCCGUCAAGCCUACUGAAGCAUACAGUGCAACAUCAUACAUUGAAGCGUCUUGUGGUCACCAACAAUGGUGCCCCAUUCAGUGAGAACGACUGGAAUAGGCUCAAGAGAAUUGCAGAAGGAAAUCCCGACGAAACAAAGAUUGGCGCCUUUGGCGUGGGCUUCUAUUCCACAUUUGCGGACUGCGAGAACCCCUUUGUCUCCUCCGGUCGAGAAGCAAUGGCAUUCUUCUGGAAGAAUAAUUCUCUUUUCACACGGCGGCUACAGCUCCCCGAAACAGAGACGAGUUCCGACACAAACUUCGUGCUCGACUAUCGGGAUUCAACGUCUCCAAUCCCUCCAUUGCUACCUCUCGCUCAAUUCCUGGCGAACAGCCUCACAUUCGUUGGCUUGGAGAACAUUGAACUUUGGCUAGAUGAUUGGAAUCUUCUCUCAUUGAAGAAGAAAACCUCACCAAGUCUGGAAUUGGCACUCCCGCGCAGCAUCGAACCCAAGACGAGCGAGGGAUUUAUGAAAGUCACCAAAGUUUCCAAGGAGAUCGCGCAGAUUGACGGACAAUGGAUGGCUGUCAUCGGAUGGAAAGCGAGCAGAGACACCACUCGUUUGGUAGACCGGGAAGCCGGCACCUCUUUGCGGAAGUUCUUCUCUCGACUGGCGGGAACCGGGCAAGAGGAGAGCCACUCUGAAGUCAAAUUAGAGCGGGCAAGCGAUGCAGAUAUUCUCACAUCGAAAGUGUCCGCCACAGUCUUCCUCAAUGUCAACACUGCGACGAUCAAGACUUUUACUGGUCAGAAAUUCAACGAGGAGUUGGAACGUGCCACCAAGAAACCUCCUCCAAAGUUCACAACAUUGGCCAUUCUGUCUGCUCCGUACAUCGAGGAUGCGAGCCUUAACAGGGCGUCUGCAGCCGGUGAUGUCUUUGGUACUGUGCUUCCAAGCAGAGCAGGUAAGAUAUUCAUCGGGUUUCCCACACAUCAGACAACAGGAUUGAGCGCGCAUAUCUCGGCACCUUCGGUCAUUCCCACCGUCGAGCGGGAGUCGAUCGACUUGAAUGCCAGAUAUGUGCGGACAUGGAACAUGGAAAUGCUUCGUGCUGCGGGCAUCGUGUGCAGGAUAGCUUGGUUUACUGAGAUGCAAGAACUCAAGGAGAAAAUCCAGCGAGAGGCAAACGGCCGCUCAAAGAUUCGCAUGGAAGAAGUGAGCCCCUUUCUGGAAGAGGCCAUCACAAUCUUCAAGAAUUUUACCUUCAAAGAAUCCACGCCGUCGCCGUCGAUCGGGCAAUUAUUGGAGGACGCCUUCUGGACCUGCAGCAAAGAGGCCUCCAUUGAAGUUAUUUCGACCUGUGGAGUCUUGCCGACACACAAUGUGCGCAUUGCUCCCAAAGAUUUGAGCUUCAUGGAAGGCAUUCCAAUUCUACCGGAGAAAUUGGCGUCUGAAGCCAAACCUCUGGUUUCUAAACUUGUUGAUUUUGGUCUCUUGACGGAGGUGACCGUGUCGGACAUCAAGCUGGCCCUCGAGUCCAGUCCGCUCAGCCCGGUUCAAGUCUCUGAGUUUCUCACCUGGCUCAUCAAGCAAUCUACCCGAGGAGCACUCGAAAAAGCCACGGUGUCUAGCUUACUGGCAGUUGCAGUGGCCAACGACGAUAAGCCCGAGGGCAAUGCUAGCCCGCUUCUUCAAUUGGGAGAAAUCUGUUACUUCCUCAAUCCUAGCAGGACACCCGUUGAUCUGCCGGUGCCACCGACUGUGAUGCCUUUCAAAUAUACGAAGACUAUGAGCAAACACGAGCUGGAAAGCCUGGGUUGGGAGGAGCUGCAACUGGUAACAUGGGUGCGGUGGCUCAUCAGCCAAUCUGGAAAUCGUCAGGUCCUGUCGGAGGAUCAAGACGUAACGAAGUCAGCAGAGUUCAGUGCGCAAAUUCUGCCCAUUCUGUCUAAACAGUGGGACUCGCUGAGCCAGCCAUCCAAGACUUCUCUUGUGGAAGUACUUGUCAAACACACUGUGAUCCCUACAAAAUUUGGUAUGAAGAAGCCGGGGGAUGCGUAUUUUCCCAACGUCAAGCUCUUCGAUGACCUUGCUACCAUCCAAGGCCUUGGAAAUGUCAAGGACAAAUUCUUGGUGGCAUUGGGCGUUCGCAAGACAGUUGAGUUGGGCGUUGUCUUCGAGCGGCUUCUGUCGGUCGAUGCUAAAUCCGCCAAACCCGAGUCAGCGGCAAAACCUCCUUGGAGCCAUGUUGAUCUCAUCCAUUAUCUCGCUUCCGUGCGUGAUGACAUCCCCGGGUCCGAUAUCGCGAAGCUCAGAAGUACGCCAAUCUGUCCGAGACACGUCAAAGGCAGGGAGGAUGCGGAGUCCACGAAGCGAUACAAAGUCUCGGAGUUGUUUGAACCACGGCCAGACUUGCGUGAUCUUGGUCUUCCAGUCCUGGUUUGGCCUGGCGUCUAUCGCAGCAGCAGCCCUGAAGGGAAAUUCCUAAGUUCUCUUGGGCUGCGAACUACACCCGUCGUGGAAGAACUCGUUGACAUUAUGGCCCAGGCAGGCCAGAAGGGCCCCACGAGGAACCUUGACCUUCGAGAUAGGGCCCUCGCGUAUUUCUUGUCUCAUCAUCAUGCCUAUGGAUAUGCUGGCUUCGACUAUUCUCGCAUCACAGUUCCAUUCUUACCCCUUGAAAACAAGGCAGACGAGCUUGCUACACCUUCUCAAUGUUUUGCAGAUGAGGGCGCAGCCCUUCUCGGUUUCGACAUUUUGAAGCGGGAUUGGGUCCCGCAUGCGACGAAGUUCGGCGUCAGAAUGAAUCCGCCUAUGGAUGUCUGCAUCAAUGUCCUUGCAAAACGCCCUCCAACUACCUAUCCAGCUGCUCGUGCCAUCUUUUCCUAUUUCGCUGGUCGUCUGAAUGAAAUCAACACUGGCUACAUCGGGAGAUUGAACAGCCUUGACUUUGUUCCCAUCUUUGCAAAGGAUAAGGAGAAGUCGGCUCCCAAGACUUACACUUCGCCACGCAAUUGUUUUCUCGGUGAAAGCGACGUCUUCGGGGAGAUUUUCCACUACGUUGAUUUUGGCUCCGAGGCGAACACUUUUCUGAUCAAAUGUGGUUCGAAACAGGAACCUUCGAAGAUGGAAAUAGCACAGAUCCUUGUCAGAGAACCUGCCCGCAUAUCUGCCGCUUUCCGCAAUGUCGAGAAGUACAUGGCUCUCCUCCGCAGCAUGGCUGAUGAUGUGAAGACCUUGAAGAAGAAUAAAGAGCUUUUCGCGGAAAUGAAGCGAGCUCCGUUCUUGCUCGCCAGUAAGGAACUCGCAGCUCCAUCGUCUGGGACGGAUAAAUCUGCCGGCCGGGAAGACGAGCUUGACAAUAUUGAUGACGAUGAGCUUCAGGGGAUUCGCGAAUUCCAGUUGUGUAGUGCCCAAGAUGCCAUCAUUAUUGAUGAUUAUUUGAAUUACAACCUAUUCAAGUCGAACAUACUCGCCGCCCCUCAGGAAGAGAAGCUCGAGGACUUCUACUUUGCACUCGGGUCACCACUUCUGAGCUCACUGGUGGAGGAGGCAGCUCGCCACGGACCCAGACUGCCGGACCAGAAGCCCGCCGAGAAGCUGCAGAAACAAAUUUUGGAGAGAUCGACAUUGUUUCUGCACGAACAGCCUCCGGACACCAUCAAACAUGAUGCAAAAUGGCUGGAGAAGAAUCUCAAGGUGCAGCUUGUCUCGUCGAUAUCUCUGAGGAGAUCACUGCGAGGGCGGAAUGUCAGCCAUACCGAGAAGCGCACGGCUGUGGUUACGCAGGUCAACCGAGAGUAUACGUUAUGGAUUGCCGGUGCCAAACCCGACCUAUACCAGGUUAGCCAAGCCCUGGUACAUAUUCUGCUCACAAGACCCAAACUCCACUCGGCCAUUACCCUGGAAAUGCUGCUGAAGACGGACUUGCUUGACCUUCGUGCUCGAGGUUUCAAUGUUUCUCGUAUCCUACGGCAGAAAGCGGCGGAGGCACGACUGGCAGAGAGCAAGCGACAGCAAGAACUUGAGGAGCAACAGAAGCUCAUUGCGGAAGAAGGAAAGUCAUGGAGAGCUUCACAGCAGCAAGCCGCGAGAGACAAGGUGCAGAGAGAUCAGUUACCUGGCGGAUUUCCAGAUUCGCCGGAUCAUGCGGGCGUCAGGACCAGCUCUGACCCGGAUGCACAGUCGAUUGAUGGCGAUGAUCGUCGAAGACAAGGACGCAACUUGUUCUCCAACAUCUCCCGUCAACUUGGAUUAGGGAACAACCGACAUAUUCAAUCCAUGCUCGGCCACCCCGUCGACGACGCGCCAGAGGCUGCUGGAACAACAAGAGCCAUCACCAAUGGCGAGCAAGACCCCCCUCCGCCCUACCAGUAUGACCAGCAAGGAGGAGGCCGAGGAGGGUCGCAGGGACCCACCGACUCUGUCACCGCACCGCAUCAGCUCCGCGAGAAUCUGUUGAACGCCAUCAAGAAAUCGCGACCUCACAACUCGUCAGAUCUGUACUCGCGCGGCGAAACGAAUGUGCUAACCGAAACCAAAUCGUAUUGCGACGAACAUCCCGCGCACGACCUCACAUGCGUCGCGGACAUCAGGCACGGAAUCCAGAUGUAUCUGUCCCCAUCGUCCGUCAGCAACUCGUCCAGUUUCCUGCAGCAGCAUUCGUCCGGUCUCGCCGCCUUUGCCACUCUGCUCAAAUCCGUCGGCGAAGUGUUCAGUCUCGAUCCUCGCACCUUGAACAUCUUCUUCGAGACUUCCGGCAAGACGAUCGCGUUCAACCGCAACGGCAGCAUCUUCUGCAACUACCGCUACUAUGAAGAACUCCACGAACGCAACCUCGCGGACGGGGCUGCGGCUAACCCGGAGGCUUAUGCCGACGCUCUUGUCUACUGGUGGGUCAUUCUCUGCCAUGAACUGGCGCACAAUCUGGUCGCCGACCACAGCUCCGACCAUAGUUACUACACCGAAGGGUUUGUCGCUCAGUACUUUGGCCGGGUUGUGCGAGUCAUCAUCGGUAGGGCGGAGACCGCUCAAGCUGCAAGGGGCCAGACUUCGAGACCUGCUGAGAGAGCACCACUGGUAGAGAUUUGA